UCACAUUUCUUAAUGAACCUUCCUAAUUAGAUCCACUCACACAGAGAUCCGGUUUGGUACUUCGUGAGGUGUUCCUGUGUAAGGUGAGAAGUAAAGGAGGCUGGCUGUUUGCCAGAGAUCUCCAGAAGGAUGACAGAUAUAUCUCCAGCUUGCUCUUUAGCUAGUCCUUUCAAUGAUUUCAACCUUCAGGCCCUCACUCAGCAGUCAGAGCAGAGAUACGUCCGGCCUGCAGCAUCACCUGCAGCUCGAGCGCAGCGCGUAAAAACGGACCCAUCAGCUACCAGGGUGGAAAUGCAUCCCAGUACAACUACCUCCACACCCUUUUCAGUGAAGGAUAUUCUGAAGCUUGAGCACCACCAGGACUUUGAAAAUGAAUUCUUGACGUCUGAACAAGUUGUUCCGAUGCAGUAUCAGCACUUGCAUGGUGCGCUCCAGAGUAGAGACAUGUAUGAUCCGCAGGCUGAGCCGUACGCCUCUCUGCAGAAGAAGCACGAGACGCACAACUCAGCAGCAGAGGAGGAGAUGAAUGAGCAUGAGAACAGCGGCGUUGACAGCUCACCUGACUGUAAUAACAGCUCAAAGAUCAGAUCCAGGCUGCGCAGAAAGCCCCGGGUCCUUUUCUCUCAGUCCCAGGUGUCCGAGCUGGAGCGUCGCUUCAGACAGCAGCGCUACCUGUCCGCCCCGGAGAGAGAACACCUAGCCCACACCCUCAAACUUACCUCCACGCAAGUCAAAAUCUGGUUCCAGAACAGGAGGUACAAAUGUAAACGCCAGAGACAGGAUCAGUCUCUGGAGCUGGCGGGGUUUCCUCCCGCACCGAGGAGGGUGGCGGUGCCGGUGCUGGUGCGGGACGGGCAGCUGUGUGGAGCAGGUUCAGCUCCUUAUAACGUGUCUCUGGGACAGUAUAAUCCUGUGUUUGGAUAUGGAAACAGCAGCGUGUACAGUUAUCACAGCUUGUCUCCUGCCGCACAGAUAAGCAAUAAUAACCAGCUGGUUGAGUUUACAGGUAGUGAGGGGCCUUUCAACCACGGACACUUCCAGACUUCACUACAGAGCAUCAGAGGCUGGUGAAAAGUCCAGUAACCGAUUUAAGCUAAAUAGGUAAAUGAACACAAAUUGUAACGCUUUUGUAUAUUUUAUAUAAAAUUGUAUCUGUUACCA